ACUAUGCUAGGUUGUUUUGAUGGAUGGAGGAAGUUUGUCUGCAGUUGUUACUUCCUCUCUACUGAGGAGAAAACCUGGGAGGAGAGUAGACAGGACUGUCUGAAGAGAGGAGCAGACCUGGUGAUAAUAAACAGCAGAGAGGAACAGGAGUUUGUCUUCAACCUCAGCAAUGGAGUCUGGAUUGGUCUGACUGAGUCUGUUACUGAGGGGACCUGGAGAUGGGUGGACGGCACCCCACUAACCACCCCAAGGUACUGGGGGGCAGGACAGCCUGAUAAUGGUGGUCAGUUCUCUGGGCAGGAGGACUGUGUUGAGAUAUACUAUGGACAAGAUAACUCU